AUGCUGAACACAGGAAAAUUAUCUGGACUGACUUUGUUCAUUACUGGAGGUAGUCGGGGUAUUGGUAAAGCAAUAGCCUUAAAAGCAGCUAGGGAUGGUGCUAACAUUGUUAUUGCUGCCAAAACUGCUGAGCCACAUCCAAAAUUACCAGGAACUAUAUACACAGCUGCUAAAGAAAUUGAAGAAGCCGGAGGAAAAUGUUUACCUUGUGUAGUGGAUGUCAGAGAUGAAGGUCAAAUAGCAGAUGCUGUUGAUAAAUCAAUUAGUAAAUUUGGAGGUAUCGAUAUAGUUGUUAACAAUGCAAGUGCGAUUUCAUUGACUCCUACAUUAGAUACAGAGAUGAAGAGAUAUGAUUUGAUGCAUAAUAUCAACACAAGAGGAACAUUUUUAGUGUCAAAGAUGUGUAUACCUCAUCUGAGAAAAAGCAAACAUGCGCAUAUCUUAAACAUUAGUCCUCCAUUGAACAUGAAUCCUAAUUGGUUUAGAGACCAUGUUGCUUAUACAAUGGCUAAAUAUGGAAUGUCAAUGUGUGUAUUAGGAAUGGCUGCUGAGCUAAGAUCAGAUAAUAUUGCUGUGAAUGCUCUAUGGCCAAGAACUGCAAUAUACACUGCGGCUGUUGAAAUGUUAUCUGGAUCUACUGAAGCAAAAAAGUUAUCUCGUAACCCAGAAAUUAUGGCAGAUGCCGCUUAUGCGGUACUUAGUAGGUCUGUUCAAAAUUGUACUGGACAGUUUCUAGUCGACGACGAUGUAUUACGACAAGAAGGAAUCACUGAUUUGGACCAAUAUGCCAGUGAUCCAACCUAUAAAGGAGAUUUAAUGAUGGACUUCUUCUUGGAUGAAUCACCUCAUGAUGGUUUCAAUCAAGGAAAAGAAAAAUCUCAACAAGCUAAAAAAUUAAAUGGAAAAGAUAAUAUUGAGGGUAUAUUCACAAAAAUCAAUUCACAUCUGACUCCAGAAAUAGCCAAAGGAACAAAUGCCUGUUUCUUAUUUGUAGUAAAAGGAGACGAGGAUAGAACUUACUAUGUAGAUCUAACUGGAAAUGGUGCAGCUGGAAAAGGUAAACCAACUACAAAACCAGAUGCCACUUUAACCAUGGAAGCUGAUAAAAUAGAAGAAUUAUUUGAUGGAAAGCUAAAAGCUGGCGACGCUUAUAUGUCUGGUAAACUUAAGAUCAGUGGCAGUUUAAUGAAAGCAAUGAAAUUGGAGAAACUUAUGAAAUUAUUAAAGGCAAAAUAUUAA